AUGGAGGACCGGCGCCCCGAGGUGCUGGUGGUCUCCAUCGUCUUCUUCCUCAUCGCCACCGUCUUCGUCGCCCUCCGCUUCGUCUCCAGGAUCUAUAUCGUCCGCCGCCUGAGCCUCCAUGACUAUGUCAUGCUAUUGGCCUGGGUCAUCGACUUCGGGUUCUCGUUCUCCUUGUUCUACGCAACUAGCAAAGGCCUGGGUCUGCAUGAUUUUGCGAUCGAUAUCGAAGCCCGAUCCAGUCUCAAUCGCGCCAAUUAUGUCUUCACCGUGCUUUAUAACCCCGCCCUCAUGGCCGUCAAGACAUCCAUCCUCAUCUUUUAUCUCACCUUGACCCAAGGGGAGAAGGUCUUUCGCUGGGCCAACUACACCACACUCUUUGUUGUCAAUGUCGCCGGGCUCGCCCUCACGCUGGUUAAUGUCUUCCAAUGCAAUCCGGUCGGGGCCGCCUUUGUCUAUCCGCGCCAGGAUGACGCGGUCUGCACCGAUAUCUUGACCUUGUAUCUUUCGUCCUCGCCCGUCAAUAUCAUCACCGACCUCGCGAUCCUCUUUAUCCCCAACCCCAUCAUCACCAAGAUGCGUCUCCCUCGGAAACAGAAGAUCAUCCUGGUGAUCACGUUCAGCUUUGGCUUUUUCGUGGCCGUCGUCGAUGUGAUCCGCAUCGCUUACUUGCAGAACGCUGCCACGUCACGCCGGAUCGCCUUGAAAGACCUCCACUUGCAAUACAGCCAGGGCGAUGACAUUAAUUGGUACGCGUCUCUGUCAUUCAUGUGGUCAGUCGUUGAGGUCAACGUGUCCGUGAUGUGCGCCUGUGUACCGAGUCUCAAGCCGUUGGUCGCUCGCCUCGUUCCCAAACUGAUCAAGGACUCGGAUUCAAGCUCCGAUGGCACCCUCGACAUAGCCCAGAUGCCGGAGCUGGAGCUGCAGGAGACGGCCGAAAUGCCCCUCUCCCCGACAUGCCUGUCUCCCAUCGCGGAGUGUUCGCCAACAGAGACCAACCCCCGUAAACCAUCCCGGUCGAUGAGUCGUGGCAGUGUCAGUUUCCCAGCCCCCGGUGCCGUUCCGAUGGACAUGCGCGAGUUCUUGAUGGCCCCCGAUUCGGCUCCGCCGCAGGACCCGGAGUCCAACACCAUCUUUACCACCGCCUCGUAUCAGCAGACCAUCACCUUCUUCGACUUUGUCAACAUGAAGACCCCCACGAGCAUGCUCAAACUGAGCAAUAAGGAGUCCAUCGCGCCCAUCGCCCUGACCACGAUCUUGUUCUUUCUGUGGGGCUUCGCCUACGGUUUGUUGGACAUUCUCAACGCACAGUUUCAAGACAUCGUGCGGCUGGACACGUGGCGGUCCCUCGGCCUUCACGCUGUCUACUUUGGUGGCUACGUGAUCGGUCCGCCCUUCAUCGGCCGUUUGAUACUCAAGCGAUGGGGGUUCAAAGCGACGUUCAUCACCGGCCUGUGCAUCUACGCCUGCGGGACCUUGAUCUUCUGGCCGUCGGCGGUCCUGGCCUCGUAUUCGGCCUUCAUCGUGUCCAAUUUCAUCGUGGGCCUGGGCCUUGCCGUUUUGGAGACGGCCGCCAAUCCGUUCAUUGCGCUAUGCGGGCCGCUGGAGAACUCAGAGAUCCGGUUGAACAUCUCGCAAGGCAUCCAGGCGAUCGGAAGUGUCGUGUCGCCGCUGCUGGCCAAGGAGGUGCUGUUCCGCCAGGUGACCGACGUGUCGGCUCUCGUCGACGUGCAGUGGACGUACCUCGGGAUCGCUCUCUUCGAUGUCCUCUUGGCCGUCGCCUUUUACUAUCUGCCAAUCCCCGAAGCGUCUGACGAGGACCUGAAAGAACUGGCCAACCGCCGUCGAGACGACAAUAUGACCAAAGUCGCGGGCAUCCCGGUGGUCUGGGUUACACUCGCCUUGGGCGUAAGCUCCCAAUUCUUCUACGUGGCGGGACAAGAAGUCCUCUCGCAAGGAUUCGAGUCUUUCGUCACGAGCGUGCAUCCCAAAUCCAAACUGGACCCAUUCCAAUACUUAACAAUCGGCCACGCAUUAUUUGCCGUAGGCCGCUUCCUAGCCGCCUUCAUGCAGUGGUUCCUAAAACCCCGAUGGAUCCUCCUUCUAUCCUACCUCGGCAUGAUCGUCUUCGCCGUGCUAUGCAUGAAAACAACCGGAGCAGCAGCAAUGGCAAUGGUCCUACUAGUCUACACCUUCGAGAGCGGCGCAUUCAGCAUCAUCUUCGCCAUCUCGCUCCGCGGCACAGGCCAACACACAAAGACAGCCGCAUCGCUCCUAACCAUGGCUGUCGGCAGCGGUGCACCCUUCCCAUUCGCACAGCGCGCCGCCCAACUCACCGGCGGACCACCCUUCUCCUUUAGCGUGCUCGUCGCGCUAUUCAGCGCAGGCGCCAUCUUCCCCCUGUAUCUGAAUCUCGUCCCCGCCGCCAAAAAGCAGGUAGAUCCCGUCCCCGACGAACACCUCCGCCACCCCCGUCGCCGCAGCCGCGUCCGACCGAACGUUGUGCCGCGCGAGAAGGAAAACCCUGCCGUGGGAGGCGUGUUCGCCCGUCGUCGUAGCGUGCUUACGGACCCGCUUCCGAACGUCGAACUCGCUCAGCAGGCCCCGGAGGAGUCCAAUGUGCGGCGGGGGUCGGCGCAGGGCGGGAUCAUGCAUGAUUUAGCGCCGUGGCCUGAAUAGUUUCAUCUAUGCUUCUUUCGUUUGUCUGUUUCUGGCGUUCUGUACAUGAUACCCCUGACUUUGGUCAAUGAGUUCUGGUGUGCUGGUUGAUAGAUUGUGGAUUGCUGGAUUGGAUGGAGUUGGCUGGCUUGGUUUUGUUUAGUUGAUGGAU